AUGGACAACAGCACUGAGACUGUUGAGACUAAGGAUAAACUGAAGUUAGCUUUACCAGACAAGUAUGGAGCCUUAUUCUCUGAUGAGAAUAUCCCACAGCCUCCAUCUCCUGCUCAUGACCCAAUAGCAACUUCUGAUCCCAAACCAACCUCUGGUUCUUCUCAACAAGGACCAGUUGUAAUAUCUUCACCAACAAGGGUACUGAGGUCUUCUAAAUCCCCAUCCAAACAGCCAUCUCCUCCUCCCAGAAAAAGAAGAUUCCUUCAGAAAAUUUCAGAUUCUGAAUCAGAAGAAGAUAUUCAUCCUCCUCCACCAGCAAAGAGACUGAGAAAGAAAAUAAAGGCAACCUCCAUUACUGAUCUGACUGUGGAACCACCACAAUCAGAGGAUCCUGAACAACCUUUGAUUCCAUUCUCUGAUCAAUCUGCAGAGCCACUUUUGAUAGAACCUAUUUCUGCAGUGCCACUUGAUAUUGCUGCAGCUGACCAACAAAUGUCAGAGUCCACAUCUGAUCACAAUGAUCAAACUGAAGGGACAAAGUCUGCUGAAGAGAAAAUUGCAGCUGAUACUGAAAUAUCAGAAAAACCAUCUGAUGCACCUGCUCAAUCAGAGGAUGCACAAAUAGAAAUGGUCCUCCAGCUAAUUCAAGAUUCUUUAGUUCAACCUGAUGAUAUUGUUGCAGCUCCUGCUCAGGAGAUCCAAAUGGCAGAAAACUCUGAGGCAGCUACUGAAGCUCUAGAGUCACAUACUCUGAGUAUUUUUCUUGCAGACAUUGAUGAUGAUGAAGGAACAGAAGUCACAUCAACCCCUAUAAUCUCUGAGCCAGUCAGAGAAACUACACCAGAAAGGGUUGAUUCCCCAGUUAAGACACUGUCACCAGUUAGGGAAUCCACUCCCUUUCCAGCACCUGCAGUUCCAAGCUCUCCAAUUCCAUUCUCUGAGCCUGCUAGAAGGAAAAUUUGCCACUUGUCAUAUAAUCACAGGAUGUGCAGAACCACAUCACCUUCUGUGGAAGAUAGGCUUACCUCUAUUGAAGCUACUCAGGCUUCAAUGCAUUAUACUCUGGCAGAUUUGAGUGCUUCUGUGGCACAGCUGGUACAGGUUCUCACCUCUGCUGAUGUCAAAAAGAGGGAGAAAACAUCUAAAGACAAAUGCAAACCUGAUCAGCAAUUAAAAAGGAAAAAGCCAAAUGAUGAUGAGGAAGAAAAAGGGGAAAUAAACAAACAGCAAAAGCUGAAGCUGCUGCAGAGUAAAGAAACAAAGAAGAACAGUAGAAAAGCAGCAAGCUCUGAGAGACCACCCAGAGAAUCUCAAAAACACAGAUCAAUGGAACUGACUGUUGUAACUCAAGCUCAGAACAUAACCAAAGCAGUCAGAGAUUCAGAGGCUAUAUCCAAAGAGAUAGAUCUUGUAAACUCUGAAGUGGAAAAGAAGAAAGGAAAAUUGGUUGCUGAAGCUGAAAAGCUGAUUGAAGCUGGAGACCCUGAGGAUCCUUUCAUAGUAUGGCUUUGGAUUGUCGUCGCGCUUGAUGUUGUCAAUGAUGAAGAUUGCUGUGUUUUUGACGUCGUAACAUAUCAAGUAGAAUUGUUCUGA